GUCCAGUGAGUAGCAGUAACCGAAACCACCACUCGGCUCCCCCAGGCCGUCGUCGUCGGCAGGGAUGAUUUCACCGGACGCGGCGCGCAACGUCGUGGGCAUCAUCGGCAAUGUCAUCUCCUUCGGCCUCUUCCUCUCCCCCGUGCCGACGUUCUGGAGGAUCUGCAAGAGGAAGGACGUGGAGGAGUUCAGGGCCGACCCGUACCUGGCGACGCUGCUCAACUGCAUGCUCUGGGUGUUCUACGGCCUCCCCGUCGUCCACCCCAACAGCCUCCUCGUCGUCACCAUCAACGGCGUCGGCCUCGUCGUCGAGGGCACCUACCUCGUCAUCUUCUUCCUCUACUCCCCCAACAAGAAGCGCCUGAGGAUGAUGGCGGUGCUGGCCGUGGAGGCGGCGUUCAUGGUGGCGGUGGUGCUGGGCGUGCUGCUGGGCGCGCACACCCACGAGAAGCGCUCCAUGAUCGUCGGCAUCCUCUGCGUCUUCUUCGGCUCCAUCAUGUACUUCUCCCCGCUCACCAUCAUGGGGAAAGUGAUAAAGACGAAGAGCGUGGAGUACAUGCCCUUCUUCCUGUCGCUGGUGUGCUUCCUCAACGGCGUGUGCUGGACGGCCUACGCGCUCAUCCGCUUCGACAUCUACGUGACCAUCCCCAACGGCCUCGGCGCCCUCUUCGGCGCCGUCCAGCUCGUCCUCUACGCCUGCUACUACAGGACCACCCCCAAGAAGCAGCCCACCAAGGACGUCGAGAUGCCCUCCGUCGUCUCCGGCUCCGGCCCCGGCGCCGCCGCCGGCAACGUCUCCGUCACCGUCGAGCGACAUGAUGCUAGCUGCCGUACGUAGUGGCGAUUCGGCCGUACGCCAUUUUAUCCUCCGGAAGAUCCGAGUAGUUGUGUUUUUUUCGAUCAGGUCAUAGUUUGUCGUGGACAUCGUGGUACCGUACUACUACUGGUACAGCUGGUGGUGAGAGGGCUUAAUUUCACAUGUGGCUCAAGCAUGCAGUGCAAUUAGCCAUAAUUAUGCCGAGAUACUGAGACCAUGCUGCAACGUUUGAUACUCCCUAUUCCUGGUUGUGUUUUUGUCAGGCGUGAUAACCGGUAAAGUGGUAAUGGCGUUUUGCAGAA